UCGAUUACAAACCUCAUGAUGGCUGGCACUAAGGUGGGACUACCAAUGGCCGAAAGUAUAGCCAUUGGUGUCCAGCGAGCCUUGGACGAAUGUCAAGAACAGUUCAAGUGGGAGAGGUGGAAUUGUCCUUCGAACGCCUUCGCCAUUUUUUCUAGGCGGACCAGUCCACCCGUGACCCGUGAGAUGGCUUUCGUGCACGCCAUAGUCAGUGCAGGCAUUACGUACACGCUGGCCAAAAACUGCAGCCUCGGCCAUUUCGACUCCUGCAGCUGCGAGGUGGCGCGCAAGACUGCACUAGCCCACAACUGGACAUGGGGUGGAUGCAACGACAACGUUCGCUUCGGCGCACGAAUGGCGCGGGAGUUCCUGGAUGCCCGUGAGGCGGCGAGAGACGUGCAAGGGCUCGUAAAUCUGCACAACAACCGCGCAGGAAGGCUAGCUGUCAAAAAAGCCAUGCAAAGCCAAUGCAAGUGUCACGGCACUUCGGGGAGCUGUGCGACUGUUACGUGCACCAUGCAGCUGUCCAACAUGUCAGUCAUCGCAAGAAGACUCAAGACGGCUUACGAUGAGGCCGCCCACGUGGAGUACAACCCAGACACCCGCGCGACGACACAGGCGGUCCGAUCUGCCCGCAAGAACGCGCUGCUUUACGUGGUGCGCUCGCCGGAUUAUUGCCGCAUCAACCUCACCGCUGGCAUCAACGGUACCAGAGGAAGGGAAUGCUCCGGGCGCAGAGGCGAGAACGUCACCCUUGCCGAGCGACACAGCUGUCGUCAUCUGUGUCACGACUGUGGACUCACCGUUAGGCAUGAGAUUGAACGCCGCCAGGUGGCGUGCCACUGCCAGUUUGUGUGGUGCUGCAGAGUGGAAUGCAAGACUUGCACGCAGGAAGUGCAAAGGACAUUCUGCGCGUGACGCUAUCCAACCGUGUAUAAAAACUGUGUGUUCUCCGACUCGUCGAGAGAUCAAACAGCGUCGCCAC